GGGAAGUUACCUGGACUCCUCCUCCUCCACCCCCACUGUACCUGUUUAAAAGACACGGCGGAGCGAAGCCAGGGGAGAGCGGAGAGAGCGGAUGUGCAGAGAUCCACAAGAAAUGGUCGCAAUGGAUUUCUGGGUCAAGACUGUUCUGUUGAUCCUCAGCGCCUCGAUGUCCACCGAUGCUAUCUAUAAAUCACACCAGAAGGGCUCUGCCCACGAUAAGAACAACACAGAUCAUCAUCAGGGCUGGCAGGACCUGUUGGCCCGUAUCACUGAGCUGGAACAUCACGUUGAGCAUGACACCCACGAUGACCAUCAUGCCGUCCUCUUCGCCGCCUCUCGUGGGCCUGACAACAACGCGCCCGAGACAGGGAUCCCCAUCGUCUUCGACCGGGUGCUGCUGAACCGCGAGGGAGCCUACGACCCUGACAACGGGAUCUUCACCUGCCCCGACGCCGGCACUUACUUCUUCAGCUUCUCCUUCCUGCCCGGGCUUGAGGCGGGCGAGACCACCGUGGCCCUGGUGAAGAACGGAGAUGUCCACGAGCGCCUCUAUAGCCUCCUCCCGGCCGACGCCACCCAGUUGUCUGAGCGCAGCUGCCUCUUACACCUGGAGGAGGGAGAUCAGGUGUGGGUGACCCUGGAGAAAGGCUCCGUGUUGAUACAUCAGGCCUCCUUGUCGUUCCAGGGCUACCGCAUCUCCAAAUAACACCCCUCCCCUUGCUUUGCCAGCACUGCCUCCCUCUGCCUGUUCCAGGCACCACCUGCCUUCCAGCUCCCUGCAACUUUCGUCUUCAACAAAAUAGUUCCCGCCCGGAACAUGUGCUUGUGAAUUUCCCUCUCCUGUCUCUACUGUUCCUGUUUUAUCAAUAAAGCAUCCUGUUUAGCAUCAA